UAUAUAUAUAUAGGUACUUAAAGAAUUCAUCUACAAGAAAAACAAUGGAUAAUUCUGAGGCAUUGAUUCCUGAUUUGCCUGAUGAGGUAGCAGAGCUCUGUCUUCUUCACCUCCCGUACCCAUACCACGCGUUGCUCCGCUCUGUUUCUUCUUCCUGGAACACAGCCAUUUCUCACCCUUCUUUCACUCUCUCCAGGCUCUCUCUCUCCCUUUCUUCACCCUAUCUUUUCGUUUUCGCUUAUCGUAAAUCCACCGCCGCCAUUCAGUGGCAAGCUCUCCACCCUCCGUCUGGCCGUUGGUUUGUUCUGCCUCCCAUGCCCUGUCCUAAAGCCGUAUGCCCCCCUGGCUUCUCAUGCGCCUCCCUGCCCCGUCAAGGCAAGCUCGUCGUCAUGGGGGGGAUGCGCUCGGACACAGAAAUUUCAAUGAACACUACUUUUGUUUACCGUACGUCAACAAAUCAAUGGUCUGCAGCCUCUCCUAUGCUCACCCCUCGCGCAUUCUUCGCCGUUGGUAACACGAAUGGCAAUAACAUCAUGGCCGUUGGUGGAAGUGGCUCCGGGAUUACUGAUUCCAUCACAGCCGCUGAGUGUUAUGACGCUGACAGCGACACGUGGACAUCUCUUGCCAAAAUGCACACCGGUCUAUGCAGGUACGAUUCUGCUGUACUCGGUAAUAAGAUGUACGUGACUGAAGGUUGGACGUGGCCCUUCAUGUUUUCUCCCAGGGGCGGGGUCUACGAUCCUAAGACGGACACGUGGCAAGGGUUGAAGGAUGGAAUGAAAGAAGGAUGGACUGGAUUAAGUACAGUUGUGGAUGACAGAUUGUUUGUGAUAUCAGAACAUGGUGACUGUCCGAUGAAGGUUUACAUUCCCGAUCUGGACACGUGGCAACACGUGGGAGGCGAUAAGUUUCCCCGUGAGGCGAUGCACAGACCUUUGGCUGUGAGUGGAGCAGAAGGGAAAGUAUAUGUGGUGUCCAGUGGGCUCAAUGUGGCAAUAGGGAGAAUAUAUGAAUGUGGGGGUAACCAAUGGGAACUUUGUGUUGAAUGGAACCUUGUUAUUGCUCCUAAGGCUUUUCAUGACUUUUCUCCUUCAAAUUGUCAGCUGCUUUAUGCCUAAUUUUUCCUUUUCAUUAAUUCAACUUAUAAAAUUUAAUUUGUA